AUGCGCCCUUCCGCUCUCUUCGCCUGUUUAUGGGCCUCUGCUACUGCUCUUCCUUCUUCCCUGUCAGCUGGGCCAGAUGUCUCCAUUGUCCAGCUGUCAAACCAACCUCCCAGUGACCUGCCCACAACAUGGCAGUGGACCUCCACUGGACCUCUUGUCGGCCCCAAGAACGACGGUCGGGGGAUCGCCGGAAUCAAAGACCCAACUAUCAUCCUGAUCAACGGAACCCACCACGUAUUUGCUUCUACCGCUCAGUCCGCUGGCUACAACCUGGUUUACUUUACCUUUGCCGACUGGGCCGAUGCGCCUAAUGCCACUUUUUACUACCUGGAUCAAGCCCCUCUUGGGACCGGUUAUCGUGCAGCUCCUCAGGUCUUUUGGUUCGCGCCUCACAAACUCUGGUAUCUCGUUUACCAGAACGGAAACGCUGCGUACUCCACAAACCCAGACAUCAACAAUCCCAAGGGCUGGACUGCUCCCAAGGUCUUCUAUCCAGAUGGGAUGCCCAAGAUUAUCGAACAAAACAUUGGGGACGGGUACUGGGUUGACAUGUGGGUCAUCUGCGAUCCGGCAAGCUGUCAUCUAUUUUCAUCAGACGACAACGGGCAGCUCUACCGAUCUGAAACCAGCCUUGAACAAUUUCCCAACGGCAUGAGCCAACCCGUAAUUGCCAUGCAGGACAAUCGCAACGACCUUUUUGAGGCAGCGUGCGUGUAUUCGCUUCCCGAUGGCAAAUAUUUGCUGCUGGUCGAAGCCAUUGGAACCGACGGUCACCGGUGGUUCAGGUCUUGGACGGCAGAUUCCAUCAGGGGGCCAUGGCAGGGGCUAGCCAACACGGAGCAAAACCCAUGGGCAAGAAGCAACAAUGUUCAGUUCGAUGGGGAUGUCUGGACGAAAAGCAUCAGUCAUGGGGAGAUUAUCAGGGACGGGACGGUGGACGAGAAGCUGCUGAUUGAUCCAUGUAAUAUCCGGUUCAUGUACCAAGGGAUGGAUCCAAGUGCUGGUGGGGAGUACAAUGCAUUGCCAUGGAGGUUGGGCUUUAUCACACACAACAACCCUGCUUGUUAG